AUGACUUCUCCGUCCAAGAUCAAGGAGGUCCAGCGUUUGACGGGAUGUCUGGCCGCUCUUGGAUGGUUUUUAUCAAAAUCAGGCGACAAGUGUCAUCACUUCUUUGCAACUAUAAAAAAGAAUGCAAAGUUUGAAUGGACAGAGGAAGCUGAGAAAACACUUCAGCAGGUUAAAGACCAUCUUCGGCAGUUACCUAGGCUAAUCAUCCCAGCCGAAGGGGAAAAGUUGUAUGUUUACCUGACCGUGUCCCCAUUCGCGAUAAGUGUUGUUCUCCUAGCGGAGAGAGAUUCAGUACAAAUACCCGUUUAUUUUGUGAGCCAUGUGCUAAAGGACGCAGAGGGCAGGUAUUCGUCUAUAGAGAAGUUCGGCCUGACACUGCUAAUGGCCAGCCGGAAGUUGAGACCUUACUUUCUUGCUCACAGUAUUCUAGUCUACACUGAUCAGCCGUUAAGGCAAGUAUUGCAUAAGAUGGACGUAUCCGGAGGAAUGUUGAUGUGGGCCGUAGAACUCAAUAUGUUUGAUCUGACAUUCGAACCCAGAAAAGCAAUUAAGGGGCAAGCUCUGGCGGACUUUAUUGUAGAGCUUACCCGGCCUACAGUAGAAAGCAUCCAAGACCCAGCAGAGGGAAAGAGGCAUUGGACCCUAAUGGUGGACGGAUCAUCGACUGCUAAUGGAUGUGGAGCCGGGAUCAUUUUCCAAUCACUAGAAGGGGACAAGUUUGAGUAUGCUAUGAAGUUCCAGUUCCAGGCUUCAAACAACGAAGCAGACCACGUGAAUGGAGACUUUGAAUGCAAGGAGGCGUCUAUGAGUAAGUAUAUGAGCCUGAUAAAAGAGGAGGUUAAGUCUUUGAAACGAUUCGUCCUGGAUCAAGUACCAAGGUCUGAAAAUCAUCAAGCUGAUGCUCUCUCCAAACUAGCCAGUUCGGCUGAAGGGGAUGUGCCUAGAAUAGUGUUCUGGGAGGUCAAGGCGGCCAAAAGCAUUAAUGCCAAGGAAGUCCUGUUUCUUAGCCGAGAAGAUAAGUGGAUGAGCCCCAUUAUUGAAUAUAAAAAGACAGGCCGGCUGCCCCUUGAUCCUCAAGAAGCUAAGUAUGUGAAGGCUAGGGACAAAUGGUUUGAGUUAUGGAAUGGAACUUUGUACAAGAAAUCCUUCAACCGGCCUCUUCUCAUGUGCAUCAGUAGAAAGGACGGAUUGGACGUUUUGAAAGAAAUGCAUGAAGGAGCAUGUGCUUCCCACAUUGGGGGGAGGGCGUUAGGAGAAAAAGCUCUAAGGACUGGCUAUUUUGAGCCGACCUUGAAGGAGGACGCCUUGCUCUACGCGAAGAAAUGUGAUAAAGCCGUUCUCCUUAUUGAGGUUGAGGAACCAACUCUGCGAGUAAUGAUGUACUCAGAAGAUGCUAAAUGGGCUGCCCUUCGGACGACCUUAGACUUGGUUCCUGAAGUUAGGGGCAAUGCGCUGCUGAAAAUGCAACUCUACAAGCUAAUAAUGGCUAGAUAG